UCCAUUAGGUCCAUCACUAUUGUUUCAUCCCCGGCAUGGGAGAUACCUUUAAUAAAUAAAAUCUUAAAAUAUGGGCAAAACCUCAAAGGAUAAACGAGAUAUAUAUUACCGACAGGCGAAGGAGGAAGGUUGGCGUGCCAGGAGUGCGUUUAAGCUGCUUCACGUGGACGAAGCCUACGGCAUACUAGAUGGCGUCCAGCGGGCGGUGGAUCUGUGCGCCGCACCUGGCAGCUGGUCACAGGUUCUGUCCCGGAAGCUAUACGACCCCUGCCAAACCGACGACGAGAAGGCCGCCGUGAAGAUCAUUGCCGUUGACCUGCAAGCCAUGGCUCCAAUUCGGGGCGUCAUCCAACUACAGGGCGACAUCACUAAGCAAUCCACUGCCGAAGCUAUAAUCGGUCAUUUUGGCGGGAAUAACGAGGAGAAGGCGCAACUUGUGGUCUGCGACGGAGCUCCGGAUGUCACCGGUGUCCACGAGAUGGACGAGUACAUGCAGCAUCAGCUCUUGGUGGCAGCCCUCAGUAUUGCCACCUGCGUGCUGGAAACUGGAGGCACCUUUGUGGCCAAAAUCUUUAAGGGUAAUGCCACCUGGCUGCUCAGUUCGCAGAUGCAGAUAUUCUUCAAAAAGUUCGACAUUUACAAGCCGCCCAGUUCUCGUCCAUCAAGCAUAGAAGCGUUUGUGGUGUGCUCCGAGUUCUGUUUGCCCGCCGGUUACAUUCCCCAGGUGAUAAACACGGCUCGAGACGAUAUCAGAGUGCUGGCACAGAAGACUGGAUCCGAUGUCAACCGCCGUCUGGUGCCCUUUAUAGCCUGCGGUGAUUUGGGAGGGCUAAGUGAUAGCUCUGGGGAUAGAGCUGAGGCUUCAGAGGAUUCGAAUGCAGACGUGCAAUACGCCUACGAUGCUGUUAUGAGUGAUGCAUUUUAUCCCGUGGAAUUCAAGGAGAUCAUUAAAGAGGUCUAUGACGAACAAUUGCAAUUAAGCUAAAUUUGUAAAAUAAAAUAUGAGUUUAAUCUAUA